ACCCUCGUAGUCUAUAUCAGACGAACGCGGCUUUGGAGUUGUUAGCUUUAUCUGGUAACACUGUGUAGCGUAGCUUCUGGAGGGGUAGAUAUGAGGAGUGCAGAAGAAUAUCUUGCUAUAGCUUCAUAGCUACGUUUAAUGUGCAGAAGAUUUCCCUUGGUGUAGAAUUGAGUUAUCAUGGAGCUUCCACAACCUCCCCCCGACCAAGAGUUGAAGAAUAUUAUUGACAAGUUGGCACAGUUUGUGGCUCGCAAUGGCCCUGAAUUCGAGCAAAUGACCAAAACCAAGCAGAAGGAGAAUCCAAAGUUUAGCUUCUUGUUUGGUGGAGAAUUCUUCAAUUACUAUCAGUACAAAGUUACAACAGAACAAGCAAUAUUAAAACAUCGGCAAGCUCGUGAGCAGCAACAGCAACAGUCUCAACCCUCACAACAGCCUUCAUUACAUCAACCUCCGCCCCCUCCACAAGGAGCUUUCCCAGGUGGAGGUGGUUUUCCUGGUCCAAACUACCCACCUGCAUAUGGUUACCCACCUGCUUCAUAUCCUGAGCCUGAGUUGCCCCCAUUCCCACAACCACCAGUAGCACCUGGAGGUUUCCCCCCGACGCAAUAUGCUCCUCCACCCCCUUCAAGUGAGCCGCCACCUGCAACAUUUCCACCUGGUGAUCCAAGUUAUGUCACUUCCACACCUUUUGUUCCAACCAGUACAGCCGAGCCUCCAUUCGUACAUUCUACUCAGUCUUUCCCACCGCCACCACCUGGAGAUGCAACAUACACAGCGCCUCAGGCUGGUGAACCAGGUGCUUUUACUAGCACUGCUCCAGGAUAUGCACAACCCCCACCACCUCCACCACCAAGUGUAACUAUAGAGUCCAUUACAAACCAGCAGCAGCAGUUACAGGAGCAGAUUCAUCAAAGCGAACAGAAUUUAGCCGCACAACAGUUGGUUUUGGAGCAACAAAAGGAUGGUCAAGUGAGAGAAGGUAUAUAUGUUGCCAGAGGUGAAGUUUUGCGCAAUGAGGCCUCUGAUCUGGGUUUCUCCACUCAUGAAUUAGAUGAACUUCUUGGCCCAAUCACAGAAUCUUGUACCAAGGACUCCAUAUCUAAUGGCAAACAUUGGAUCUUCACUAAUGCCCAGUCUCCAUCAAAAAAUCAGUGGCUUGCACGAUACUUGUUAUGGAAAGCUACAGCCAAUAGUGGUCCAUUCAAUCACAAGUUACACAUCAUAUACUUAAUGAAUGAUGUCCUUCAUCAUUGUGUGAGAAAAAAUGCUGAUGAUCUGAAGGAAGCAUUACAGAAGGUUUUGGCACCCAUGUUUUGUAAUGCCAUGACGGUUGCCUCCGAGGACCAAAAAUCUAAGCUGGACAAGUUGCUGUCACUAUGGGAAUCAAAAAUAAACUUGGAAGAUGUGGUAUUGUUGCAGCUGAAGAAUCCAGUAGAGUCUUGGGCAGCUUCUGAGAAAGCCCUCAUUGAUGAGUUUCCUCAGGUUGUGGCAACCAUCAAUCAGCACAUAGAUGCCACCUUUGAGGGUUAUAAGCAGCAGCAUAAUGCCUUUGUGCAGCAUGCAACAGGCCAGAUUCAGGCAUUGGAACAACAGAAGCAACAACUAGAGCAGCAAGCAGCAGCGGCAGCGGCAGCAGCGGUGGCAGCAGCAGCAGCUGCAUCGGCAGCAGCUGCAGCAGCUGCGGCAGCAGCAGCUCAGGGUGGUGGGUAUGCUGGUGCUCCUCCUCAACCUCAGUUUCCCCCGCCUCCCGGCACUGCCCCGUCAAUACCUUCAGCUUUGGACUUCAACCAGCCUCCACCAGGCUUUCCUCCAGGCUUACCUCUUGUCGAUUUCAGCAAACCACCCCCAGGAUUCCCUAUUGAGGAACAAAAGGAAAACCUAGUACCAACAGUGCCAUACUAUGAGCUACCUGCUGGACUCAUGGCACCUCUUGUGAAAAUGGAACACCACAAGUAUAUGCCACUGGAUCCUAGUGACUUGAGACUCCCACCACCAACACCCCCAAGUGAUAGGCUGUUAAGAGCAGUGGAGAAUUUCUAUGCUCCACCUUCUCAUGAGAAGCCUCGGAACAGUGAGGGCUGGGAGCAGUUAGCCUUAUAUGAUUACUACAAAGAAAAAAGUCAGUCUGUUAAACGCAUUGAGAAAGAUAUUAGUGAUGGAGUGAGAGAGCGUUCACGGUCCCCAUCUCCGGUUGUGAUUGAACCACCACCAGAGGAAGAGGAAAGACCUUAUGAUCAGCCAGUCAGGAGAUACAGAUCAGAAAGUCCAGAAAAAGUUGAGGAAAAGAAGAAAUCUCGAUCCCGCUCACAUUCACGAAGUCCAAGUCCUUUACGGCGCAGUACAUCUAGUCAGAGAUCUCGUUCACGCUCUCCAUCUCGUACACCACCUCGAAUUCACCACCGAUCACUUUCCAAGUCACCACGAAGAGCCAACUCUAACUCGAGGUCACCAAGGACAAGAAGUAGGUCCAGAUCCUUGUCCAGGUCUAGGUCCAGAUCCAAGUCACCCAGGUCAUCCCCUCCUCGAGUACCAUUCAACAGAUCUCCGUCGCGAAGUCCAACUCCUCCUUCUUUCAUGGGAGGAGCUUUCUCCAAAAUGGAUCAACGGCUGGAUGAAAGCAACAAAGGGCAUCAGAUGCUGCGGAAGAUGGGAUGGGGAGGCUCAGGUUUAGGAGCUAAGGAGCAAGGCAUCAGUGACCCAGUGGCAGCUGCAGAUGUACGUGAUACACCACAAGAAAGAUUCCGUGGCCUGGGAGUGCCUAGUGCUCAGACAGAUCCAUAUGAAGCAUUCAGAAAAAACAAGGGUCAAGCAUUUAUAAACAGAAUGAAAGCCAGAGCAGAAGAAAAGUUCUGAAUUAUGUUUUUAAAUGUACAUUUUUAUAAUGUAAACAAAAUUUAAUGGGUCAUUAAUACUACGUGUAAGAUCAGAAAAUGCACUAUAGGUUACACAGUAAUUAAUUGGAUUUUCAUAAUUUAGAAUUUGCCCAGCUUAAUACUACCAGUAUUUUCAAAGUAAUUUAACUUCUGUAAAUAUGACUUAAGACUUAAUGGUUAUACUGUAUAGGGAAAACUCAGUAUUACCUUCAUCUCUCUUGCACGCUAUCAUUUAUGGUCUUGCUAAAGGACAAUUUGUAAAAUAAUCUUGAACUUGUAAUUUUAUUGACAUUAUCCUUGAAACUGUUUAUUAAGGCCUCACUUCUGUUUGGUUCUAUAGCUCUGUAUUUGGUGUGCAACAAACUAUUGUCAAAGUGCUUUUAAAGUAAGGAUGUUUAACAGUUGGGAAGAUUUUAAGAACAUGAAAACCCUCUAUAAUUUCUAUUGUAAACCAAUUGUGUGUUAACCUUUCACAUUAUUUAGUUGUCAAACAACUUGUAUUUCUUAAUGGACAGUGUUGUUUUUAAAUUUUAUAUAGAGCAGCACAAUUUAAAAAAAUAUAUAGUUUUAACUUUAAUAGAACAGCUGGCUGAAUUCGUAAAUAUUUUUUGUUUUGCAUACCUGUUUCAGUACCAGAAAUGCUUGUUAAUGUAAGCAUAGGCCAUCAGAAUUUCAGCAAUAAAAACAAAACAAAAAAAAAAUUGAGGUAACUAUUGUAUAAAUUUAAUUUGCAGUUGGAAGAAUGAGUUCAUAUUUAAUGCACUCUUGUGAAUAGGAACAAUAUUUAUAUUUCAAAAUGGCUCAAUUGGCUUAUAAAUGUGACUUUAGUA